AGACAAUUUCAAAGGUCAUGAAAUAACCAGGUUGUUUCACAUCAGUCAUGGUGGAAACAAUCUACACGUUGGGUUUGUCUUUGUCUUGUUUUGUUUUAAACGGCUCAACACGUAUCAGUUUUGAUAAAAUUUUGUUUUGUCUCCAAUAUAAAACCUGACACCUUACUGUUCUUUUCAUUUUCGGAUUUAUCUUGAAAAUCGUUGAAGAAAUGAAGCUGGUUUGGUGUCCCGAGACAGCAGCCAAGGCUUAUAUUGAUACUGUUGAACUUUGUGGUGUUUGUAAUGAUUCUGGUAUAGCGGAGCUUGUUUCAUCAAUGGCUGCUGGGUGGAAUGCGAGCUUCAUUGUGGAGGCGUGGUCGCACGGUGGAGGUACCGCGACAAGCAUCGGUUUAACUGUUGCUUGUAGACACACGAAUGGAAGACACGUAUGUAUAGUUCCUGAUGAAAGAUCGAGAUUAGAAUACGUUAAAGUCCUGGAAGUGGCCGGCAUGUCACCGGAAGUGAUUGUUGGCGAGCCUGAGGAGUUAAUGAGUGGAUUAAACGGCAUAGAUUUCCUGGUGGUGGAUAGUCAGCAGAAUCGCUUUUCCAGGGUAUUAAAGCUAGCAAAGCUUAGUAACAAGGGGGCAGUUAUGGUAUGCAAGAACACUAAUUCCAGAAGUGCCUCAAGUUUCAGUUGGAGAAAUGUUGUCAAUGAUGGAUCGCAUUGGCUCAUACGUUCCAUCUUUCUUCCGGUAGGGGAAGGAUUGGAUAUAGCACAUGUAGGGAGCUGUGCUGGAAAUUCGAGUUCAAGAGAAGGUAAAAGGAGGUGGAUCAAGCAUGUCAAUCGACGAACGGGGGAAGAAUUUGCCAUACGAAAGUAAAAUAAUGUCCAAUUACUCCUCUUGAAAAGGAGAUCAUUCAUUUACUUGUUGAAUUGUAUUUAGAUUCUUGAUUCUUAA